UUUCUUCUCAAAUCUAAACCCACUCGUGCCUAGCUAGCUCCUUCCCGCUUCCAGUGGUCGAUCGCAUCCCACAGUUUCCUCAGCUCCACAGGUUCCCUGUUCUUCACUUGUACGCACGUCCAUGACGAAGCACCAGAGAGCAGCAGCAGACCAGGCCGUGUCACUCUCCCUCUCGCUCUCCCUCGGCGUCGUAGCCGACAUCAACAAGAAGAUGCGCCGCGCCACGGCCGCCAGUGGGGACCAGUUCGUGUGCAAGACGUGCGGCCGCUCCUUCCCGUCGUUCCAGGCGCUCGGCGGUCACCGGACCAGCCACCUCCGCGGCCGCCACGGGCUCACGCUCGCCCUCACCGCCGGCGGUCAGUGCUACUCCGUCAAACCCAAGAGUACGGAUCAGAAGCCUGAGCACCGGUGCCACAUCUGCGGCCAAGGGUUCGAGACGGGGCAGGCUCUCGGCGGCCACAUGCGCCGGCACCGUGAUGAGGCGGCGCAGGCGCCGCCCGUACUGCUCGAGCUGUUUGUCUAGGCUGAUCUCAGUAGUUCUAGUGCAGGGUUGCUGACAUGAAUAUAUGCGUGCACAGUCGUAGCAGUAGGUGUUGAUCAUUGGUUCGUUCAUUCCUUUAUAUGUGUACAUAUAAGUAUGAUGGCUUCUUCAAUGAUUAUAUACUUUAGUUC